AUGUCAGAACCCACAAAUUUAUCUUGUGAACAGGAUGUCUUAUCCCUCAGUUUACUUUCCAAGCAGAAGAUAAAGGAGGCUGAAUUGAAGUUGAACGUAAGUAUUUUUACGUUUUUCAGCCGGUUUUAUUGAGCCAUCCUAAAUGCCACCUGGGCGUCAGUCUCAAAGAAAUACUCUGGUAUAUCACAAAAUCACACAGGUCUUCUAAGGGAACAUGCCACAUUUAAUUGCUGUUUUAUACGGACAAAGUCUACUGCGCAGUCUAAAUCAUUUGGAAUAUUAUAAAAUCCGCCAUCAUAAGCUUCGCCAUGGCCAGAACCGUUCUGUUUGGCGAUCGUUUUCCUUGAAAGGCUUAUAUUCUUUGUCACUCUUUGUCUUAUUGGUAUUAUUGGACUACUCAAAUUUCGGGGUAUCAGAGCAACCCACUAUGGAUCUAAUGUAGUUUGCCAUGCUGUGCCAAAAAAUUGGUCAAAUGUUACGGAAAAGGGGUUCAAAAUCUUCGAAAGAUGGUACCACUGAAAAUUUCAAUAUUUUUUCAACAGAUUCUUGUUUUUGUCCUCAGAGUGUUCUAAAUUUCGACGCGUAUUGCAACAAGUCCUUUAAAAGAGCCCAACCAGGCAAAUAUCUUUUUAAUCCGUCUGUGCUAUUCUUCUCUGUCUAUUCUACGGAAGAGAUUUUUGCCAGCUCCCACUUAUGCCUCAUUGCAUACGCAUUUAUGAGUGUAAAUAAUCGGACGGCAAUGUAUGAAUUUGGUCCUCACGAACUGUCCCUCAUGCUGGUCUGACGCCUAAUUUGUAGUUCUGUCACGCUCCCUAACAAAUCAUAUUUUUUCCAUAAAAGGUGAAGGGAAAAAGGCCGAUCAUUAAAAACAUACUACGCCGGAAAGAUCUGUUUUCGUCACUUUAGGAACAGGCUGGGACAUGCCGCUUGUGUAAAUGUUCGGGUUUCAGUUCAUCACUCAUAGUAGCCUCAGCGGAUGUCAUUGUAGCAACGCUUUGGAAAUCCAAAACCGACUGGUGUCAUUGUUUACGGGACCGAUUUAAUCGCCAAACACUCUCGCGUAUGGAGCAAAUAUAUUGUUAAUUACUCUGUUUUAAUUGAGCCGAUGAAAGUCAAGCAGGCCCUAUUCUGAAAACCUGCUGUGUGCAUGCUGCGAGAAGGCUUAUCACUGGAGCAAAGUGAGCCUAAACGGUAUACGCUUGCGAAUCUCGAAUCAGAAUCGAAGUAAACUUUUGCUGCUAGGCUGUGCGGGGAGAAUCCCCUAUACGAGUAAUAAUUUCAUGCCAAACGGACAUUUAAUGGAUAAUUGUCGCUUGAGAUGAAAGGGAUAUUUGCGGAAUAACAGAUCCUGUGUACCUCUUCGCUUGUGAUAGGUGGAAUGUCUCUAGUAGCGACGUACUUUUGAAGUUUUUAUUGCUGAUUCCGACGCGUCUGUUAAACAGCAGAGGCACAAAGUGUACAAGGGUUUGCUGAUAUGGUGGGAGCAUCGCUAUUUAUUACUGCGCAUAACGCAAAUGGGUCGGCUUGUGAGACCAGGGCGAUAAGAAGCCAGCUUCCUAAAGCUUACGCCUGGCAGGUACUCCGACCUUUGCCAAUAUAUAUUUAAAAAAUACCACUCCCGGGAUCCAAUAUCUUCAUAAAAACGAUUUUCUUCUCUUCGCUGACCGUUUCUCAAGGAGGGCACAAAGCAACGCCGACUGGUCAGCUUAGAAGACCCUUUUCUCAACGCUCAAACCUUAUUUUAUAUAAUCCGCCAACAAGUAUUUUUUCACACAGAACAUAGGCUACGGUCGAUUAUCGAUGUAAAGUGUACUCCGAGCUUAAUCUUCUGGGCACAGUGCAGGCUAGACACGGAAACAGGUUCCCUAAAAGGUGGCCUUGCGCAAAAUUCCAAGGGGAUCCCUAUUGCCAUGCCCCAAACAUAACCCUAACCUCCCUACAGUUUGUUGUAAGGCCACCUGUGGUACAAGUGGGAAUCCAAAACGUCACGCCAAUAAAUUUCUUGUUCCAGUGAUAGCACCUUCGUCUUCUCAACUGGUUCCUGCAGUUCGCCUGUUCGCUUCUAUCGGUACGAAGGAUGUAUAUUCCCGCGUCCCACCAAUACACAUAGCGGACCACCUGUGUGGUAGAAUGACAUUACUCACGGAGACAAGACGGACUGAAAUGGCCAUUUCUGCCUUAUUAGCCGUCAUCAGCCGACCAACAAUACCGGCUGAUGAGUGGCUGCUGGCGGAGCCCUAGACUGAGCUCCAAGGACUAGUGUGUUGCGUGACGUGAUUGGUGAAGGCUCCUCUACCAUCCUCAUGGAGGGGUCUGAAAAAUGGGCAUAGUGAUAUGAAACUAAAUGUUCACCCAAGGGGUGAGAUUUCGACCUGUCUGUGGCGAUUUUAGUGGGAAGAAGCUGCUAUUCCAUUAGUAACAUUUUACGGUAUCAAAAUAUCCGGAAAGAAAUUUGUUUUUAAAAAAAAUCUGUUGGAACUCAUUUUUUCUUGAUGUCCACGCAGCAGACGGGUAGAAUGCAUUACUUCUACGUUUCCCCAACUGCUUCGCAAACGUGAAUCGGGAAACCUCUUUCCUACCUGUCGUCGCAUCAUUAUGAUGGAGCAGUCUGAGACCUGCUAGCUUUCAAUAGGUUAGGAAUAACCAAAAAAAUAAGUAGCCACCACUUCCUAGAUCAACGUAUACUCUUCUGCUUUUUGCACAUACUUCUUCUAUUUCAUUUAGAGAGCUGUUAGGUCAUGUACCACAAAUAAGAUGCACGCAUGACAACAAGUCAUUAAAACCUUCUAAAAGUCUGACUGACUGUGCUAAGGAGGGCGAAUGACAGAAAAAGCAGUAUUUCAAAUGUUUUCACACAUGAAAAUGGAGCCUUACUUUCAAUAGCCAGUUAAGAUUAUCAGAAACCUUCGGUAAGAAGCCUAGCAAAAGGCUGAACGAUAACAUAAGUUUUGCCUUUCAAGCGAUCACUGAGUUUGAUAUGAGAGCGCAACAGAGUCUCGUUUCUUUUAGUUUACUUAGACGCCUUCAUUCGACUCCUUUUUGUCGUCCAGUAUGGUGCGACUGAUAACAAAGAGUCAGAUGUUUUACGUACCGAUAAAAAAGAAAAAGCGCCUUUUGCUUUUCUACAGAGAACCGAUCUAUCUUACUGGCAGCAGGUAGGGGAGGGGGUCCAAUAAGGUGGUCGAUACCAUAGUAUCUAAGUGGGCUGGCGAAGCUACUAAAUGUCAGCGUAUAUGUGCAAAGCUUCUCCACCUGCAUCUAUUCUUUGCAGCACAACAGCUUAACUGGCGGCUUGGUCGUCCAAAUUGCAAUUUAUGAGCCAGGGAAGUGUGUUGUGCAUCAAAAGCAAGGGGCACCAGUAGACCGCACAUAAAAGACAAACUUUUACUUACGGAACAGUGUCUCGUCUUCCACAAGACAUAAAAACUGUCGAUGGGGAUUGCAGGAGGCGUUUUAUGAUGUAGUAAUAACUUGGUAGGAACUUCGUCUUAAGUUAAAUAAUUCCACGCACAUUAUAAACUCUCUUUUAAAUUCUUCCUCGUAACCUUCUUUCAUCCCGCCCGGUACGAAAGGAAGGUUAUCAUUCAGGUCGUUAUUUUCGACUACAAAUAAGUCUAGCGUAUUAUUUGACCGGUCACUUUAAGUCGCCUAUUUUUAUUAAUUCCAGUAUAAAAAGCUUGACUUUAGGGGACUACGACCAGUGUAUUUGAGCUAGUGAUGGUUCCUCUAACCGGAAGAAUUUCAUUUUUUCUCUAAGUGAUCAACUAAGGUGACGCCGCGAUGUCAAUACAAACACAAUUACCUCAAAAUAUACAUUUGCUUCACCAUAAAUGUUAUUUGGAACAUAUUUUUUAAGGUUAAGACUACAAAAAUACAUUAAUGAUUACGUGAUGAUGGAGACCUUCUCGGCUGCCUGAAACGCAGAUAUGAACCAAAAACUGCACAGUUCAGGCGCUGUGCACUUUUAGAUGUUUUCCUAGUGCGUAUGUGUGCGGACUGACCUCCAUGCCAGUCGGAGCGGCUGAUUACUGUGCCUCGUUCCAUUUGCUGCAUCCGGCUGCCUUUUUUACUUAAGGGCCGCCGAAGAACGCCCGAAUUAGCCCAGUCUAGAGAAUAAAGCAAGUCUCCAAUUUAAUUGCUUUCUGGCAACGUAGUACAAGGUCAAGAAAAUGUUGACUGGGUCACCUGACCAAGCUCAGGGGGUAGAUGCGGAUGUGAAUGCUGGGCCGGAUUCUGCAAACGGAUUGUAGAAAUGCACUUGAACUAUGAAUUUUUUAAGAGGAACCUAGUACAUGGUGUUCAAACUUACCUACGAUCGUACUUAUGAAUAGCCUCGGACAUCCAGAGGACUCCAGCUUGAAGAUCGGGACAGUGCAUGUAUGGAUCAUUUUAAGUGAAUAGCAAGCAACAGCUAUGCAUUUGAGCAUCCCUCUAGACUUUGGCUUGAUCGGAAAUAGUAUCUUCAAAGCAAAUCUAAACGCAUGGACAGUUUCUGUCGGCGUAUCUCCAGACAACAAGUUUAAUAACGUGAGCAGAAUACAGCCAAGCUUAAACCAACCGCAUACUUAUAUCCAUUACUGCUCCACAUAUGCUUUCGCAGUUAUUAAAGUUCGGAAUGAAGGCCGUAAAGGGUAAACCUGUGAUAAUUUGUGUUAUAAGUUCUGGUGGUUAAUCUUAAAGUGAAGUGCAUUCCAGUAAACCACGACUUUAGCACUACAAUUUCUUUUGCAAGGUGCUCAAGCAUGCACAGAGUCUUUUACGUUCUAGACAAGACUGCCUCACGUUUGUCCUUAAUCCGGCGAAAUGUCAUAGACAUUUAGAACUAAAACGUCUUGGCUUAAAAACAAAUGUAGACCUCAUUAAAUUGUAACUGGGAGCUUGCUAAACUGGCAAGCACAUGACAGCGACUCAAUGGCUGGGGAAUCUGUAAAAUAUGUGAGAGGAUGUGCGUUUGAAUCCUCUUUGCUGUGCAACUGAUUUCUGAAUCAUCUGGAGCACUUCUAGAUUUUUUUCGAAAUGGUUAAAUAUAACAGGGAAAUAAAACCAACAAGACAGAGCAAAUUAUACUGAUUCACUGUUGGCACAUACAUGGAACAACUAGAGGUAAUGGCAUGUUCGCCAGUGAAGAAAUGGAGGUAGGCUGUAUGUUUUCGCAACUGUCUUCUGACUUGUAAGCAGAGUCAACAUUCACCUGCCUGUAGUCUAGUCACUCAGGCAUUUAUUUUGUUUGAAUAAAUCCUCGCGACCCUUGUUAAGUUAUUUACUCCUGCUGUUUAACAGUUCUUGAUGCUAUCUACAGUCGUUUAUUUAUAAAUUAGUGAAACUUUGCUGGUGCAUUGCUUCUCCCUCCCGGUUUAUUGAUUUUCGGGAGGAAAAGCAAAACCACGUGUGCGUAGGUGUGGUAGCCAAAACUGCAUAUAGGCUCCAGCCCACAGCCUACUGCGGAGGCAGUAAAUCACAUUGGCAUGAAGACCGUUUUCGGACAGGCAAAGGCGCCAUCGUGGGGGGUGGGGGGAGGCAGUCUUCACACUCUGACGCCUCCCGCAACCGCUUUCUGACAUAUAAGAACCAACGUUAGUAGGAUUUUCGGAUUCUCUUAUCAUCACAAACUGGAGUUUUGCAGUCGUUGACUUAUGCCAAGUAACACAACCUCUUUAGGCCAUUUGAGCUAGAUGCGCAGAGGGGGAUUGGUCAAACGCGGACGACCUCGCAGUUAAUUUCCAAGCGCGCAGGGAGACUUCAGGAGAAUGUAUAAAAUAUUCAUUCAACUUUCACAUUGACAGCUAUGUGAGCGUAAACUGACAAAAUUCCGAGGAUAUUACUGUUAAAACUCACGAAAGCAAUCAAGAGUAGGACGUGGUCACUUAUAACUUUAUUUGGAAAAUAAACUGACGUUCAGUCUAAGACUAAGGACAUUAGUGCAGUUGCCUUGGUGCCAGGGAUAUCACCUAUCAGUUUGUUGAGCAAACUAACAGCUCAAACCCACGAACCCCAGCAUCUUAUUUUGAUUUCUCGACUAGGAAGCCGCGUGUUAAGCGUGGGAGAUUUUGCACUCAGAUAUGGACAGACUCCUCUGAACGAGAGUGUUUCAAACAGCCUUCCCAAUGACUUCCUGCAGUCCUAUGUUAGUUCAUGUGAAGGCAGAUUGUCCGAAAGUUGAGCGAAAUGACUACGAUCACUUUUGUCGUUGAGGAAAAUACGAACAUGACUGACCAGGAAUGCAUGCGAAUAGACCUUUGCCUUAACCGCGACAAUGAUUCGAAGUAAAAAGCGUCUCCCUAUGAAGUUUUUUUACUAUUUCUCGCGAAUUUAGGAAAUAAAAGUAAUUUUCCCACGUAAUGUGCAUAGUCAAGACAUGCACAGAAUUAGCUAGGUUGUUUAUGCCAGCUCGCAUGCAGUAAGCCGAGAAAAAAACAGAUAAUAACCCUGCUAAGCAUAAACAUCCUAGAAGAGAAUGCGACUACCUUCAUAAAAUGUCGAUUGCUAUCUUGAAAUGUUGUCUCAGUAUGGAAUAACUACUUAUGGAAAAUUUAAAAGCAAAAUAACACAUAAAUUAGAGCAAGAUGAGGUUCGGUAGCACCACCUGAUAGACACAAUACUGUCGGGGUUGAGGUUAAGGGUAAGGGUUAGGGGUUAUAGUUAGACGUUAGGGUUAGGAGUAAGGGUUAGAGCUAGGAGUUAGCGCGACUACUCAACUAUUUAAAGUACAACCGGGCAUUCCCAAUAGCUUUUCUUCUGCAUACAUUUACUUGACCUCGUCGACUGUGCGUUCCCCGGCUCCACCUGUAAAAGCCCCUAUUUCCACCGGUUCCGUAGAAGAGGUGAGUGGUGUGGGCUUACUUCAGGUGGGGUUACCAAACCACAUCCGACCCAAUCUAGUUCCAAGAUAUUAUUGACUCCUGGAUUUCGAUAAACGCAUUUCCAUUUGCGCACUUAAAACUUGGCUGAUAAUCAGUACGUGUUUUUCCACGACGGUUCGACGCCUAUGUGGAUUCAACCAUAUUUUGCUGAAAGUGCAUAAAAAGUCAUUUUAUGCGUUUUUCGCAGGAACUUUCGUUCCACUGAAUUUUAUACUUGAAAAAGGGUCUUUUAUUUUUAGAAAAUUUCCAGCUUCGGGCUAGUUUAAAACCACACCUGAACGUAACCACUGAGGUUCACUAUGUAUCGAACAAUCUUUCCCUUUAAGGUGCCAAAGCCCCAAUUAACUGCGCCUGUAAACUUGACUACAGAGACUACAGUCUCUAAUUAAGUAAUGCACGGUUGCACACUGCGAUUGCAGUAUCAUUCCCAACUUUUGCGCCACUUACAACUGACAAAAAUCCCAACUUCAAUAGGGUACGUUUGCAGUGCUUUUCAGUGUCCGUCCGAUUUCAGUCAUCUUUUAUAAAAAGAAGGCAUAGACAAAGGUUUUCCUACAUCCGCUUAUUGAAAAUACAGUUUUUAUAAAACUUCUUAUUAAAGGAAGGUAGCAGUGCUAGUUUUAAAUGUUCUAGUCGCGGUUAUCGGAGGAAUCGGUAAUAUAAUACGUUUGUCCUAAUAUCUUUAGGCUUAUUGAAUUUGUUCUUAAAGCAUGCAAUGCGACCAUUACGUAGAAAUAUUCUGUGUGCGCCAAAAGGCUUGUUUAUAAGGACGUGUAGGAUUCUCUGAUUAUUUUUAGAAGAAAGGACGCAAGUGACAACGCAUGUUGUUUUUAAAACUUUUUGAGUGUCUGUUGACUUUUUUACGAAAUACUUCCUCAAGUAACAGACUUAAAGAAGUCUUAAAGUCCCGAAACAUAAGUAAAUUUGCAUAGGCGCCAAAGGCCAGUCAAAAAGUACCCGGCACAAGAAUGCCGAUUUUCGUGACUGCACCAUGCACAAGUGUCUGAAGAGAUGCUCGCUCCAAAGCCCGCAUACUGUCAUAUAGCCUUUGACUUAAAACUAUAUUCUCUGCUAUCCUCUUUCGCAAUUGCACCCUAGGGAAUUUUUCUAAUCUAAAAUUCACGACUGAAAACCCUUCUACAACUCUCGGUUAGGGGUUAACGAGUUUCGGCACAGACUUUACUGAUAACUGAACAUAACAUCAUGGUUACUCAAAAAAUAGGAUGAACAAAUGGUACAAAUGUGGUCCGAAGGGUUUCUGCCGAGAAAUUUCAAUCCGGAAAGUGGCUGAUAACGCUGGUCACCUACUAAUGCACUGCAACGCACACAUGAACAAAGCGAUCCGUAAUGUAUCCACUUAUCUGCGUCCGCCUACACCCUGCACUCCAGAAAAUCAUUAGCGUCAUACGUGUUGCUUAUACCACCCCCAGCCUCCUGCACAAAUUAGAUAAGGGCAUACGCACAUACGUGGCGGAAGUCGCAAUUCAGACAGUGAAAUGAACACUUUUGUACAAAGUAAGCCCAUAUGCAGUUAGAUAGACGGGCAGUUCCGCAUGAUCAAAAGGGUAAUAGCAGGCUUUUUAUGCCUCACAGUAUUUCCAAUUCAAUUACAGGGUUAUGGUUCUAAUAGUAUUAUUGCAUUGCAGGCAUUUGGACACAUCAGAAACUGUUAUUAUUAAGGGGUACGGCCGCACAGGAUGGAGACACCAAAGUGUUGCGCUAUCGUAUCACAUCUUACCGGGUAUGAUACAUGUAUCAAAAUGCGAGAUAGGGGACUUUAUUCUGCACCAGCUACGGCAUCCGACCUUAUCUCCAUUCUACUAGAUCCAGAGCUGUCACGUCGGAGGGAUCAGAGAAGGUGAUGCCGAUCAUACCCAUGUUUCUAAUGUUGUGUUUCCUCCCUUUAGUGGGGUAUCUCGGUCCUCAUUGUGAGGACUAAACUGCAAUAGUUCUCUCGCGAUACGGCCGUAUAAAGACUCCGCAAUAUUUGGAUAUGAUCUAUUGAUUUGAAUGGGUAUAAGUUAAGGGAGACGCAGAUAUGUUGAACGUGUGAACGGCGGCUUUGUAUUGGGUAGCCCAGAGUGUCCAUGCCCAUCACCAGCUUCCGUGGUCUUGUGCCACAAUUAAAGAAUCAUGUGAGCGGGAAGCGAAAGAGAGAGAGAUGACAGUCCUCAGGAGCUCCCUCACCGCUGCUCACGCAGGCGAUGGUGGCCAUCUCCAACAUCGACGAAUAAGAUAUCAAGCCUCCCCUAGGUUAUAAAUAGCCAAUGGUACCGAUGGUUCUGGAAACUUUAGGACAGUACUAUUAUAGGGAGUCAGGCCUGAAGUUAAAUAUUCUGUGUCGUACUUAACAGCCUCGUCGAAUCCCCCAGCCAGGCGGGAUUAGAAACUUAAAACGACCAGUGGAAGAUAGAAUCAAGAGAAUAAAAAUUAGUGGACGUAGGACAGAAAUGCGGAAAAGACAUUUUAAUACAUUGGUAAUGACGUUCAGCCAGAGGCAUUGUCUGCACAUAAGCUGUGACAGCACCAUUAAAUAUACAAAGCCAGAGACGUCAUCCUCAAAAGAUACUCCAUAACCAAAAAAUCACGAAUGGGAUCGAACUGAAUAUGACGCCCUUUUGCAAGUUCAAUAUACAGAAGAAGAAGAAGAAGAAGAAGAAGAAGAAGAAGAAGAAGAAGAAGAAGAAGAAGAAGAAGAAGAAGAAGAAGCGAUCACUGGAACAAGAAGUUUAUUGGCCUGACGUUUCGCAUUCUCACUCGAACCAAUAAUCAAAGACGGUUGCAGAUAAAGGUAGUGGAGGUACCAAGACUGCAGUAUUUAUAGUACGUAGCUGCAGUGGGACCACACGCGUACUAUAAUUAACAGUUCUUGUGAUCACCACUGGGGGUCGUAAUUAAGGCGAUGAUGGCUUGUCAGUACGCGUCUGAGUCACUAAUGGCCGCGAUUUCAUCAUCCUUGUUGGAUGUUGACGUAAUUAUGGCUCGGCAAUUUGGCCUGCUGUCACCAGGAUAAUUGAGCGUCCGCGUCUUCCCUAUGUGACUAAGUCCCCUGCUCAGGGAAUGUCUCAGAACUAAGCAGCUCGCUGCUCACGAGGCUGACAGCACUUGCGAGGAUUUCGGCCUCUUGGAAGUUUAAAAUAUGGCCGUGAUCAGUAGAAUGAGUUGCUACCUGAGAGCUAGUUUCUUCUCUCUUCACCGCUGCUACGUGCUCAGUCAUGCGCGUUCGGAGUAAUCUCCCAGUUUCUCCGACGUAGUUGCUCUGCUCGCAGCCGCACUAGAUCCGGUAAACGACUCCAGACGUUUGCUGCCGUGGCAGGGGUCUUCCAUUCUCGUGAGGCCUCGAGUUGCUCGAAUCAUGGCUCUCAGGCUCGCAAUUCAUCAACAAACGCAAUGACCUCCAGGUACCAUACUCAUUUCUGAGACAUUCCUUGAGCAGGGGAAUCAGUCACAUGGGGAUGACGCGAACGCUCAACUAUCCUGGUGACAGCAGGCCACAUUGCCGAGCCAUCAUUACGUCAACAUCCAACACGGAUGAUGAAAUCGCGGCCAGUUGCGACUCAGACACGGACUGGCAAGCCAUCAUCACCUUAAUUACGACCCAACCGAUGAUCGCGAGAGCUGUUAAUUUUAUUACGCAUGUGGCCCCACACCAGCUACGUACUAUAAAUACUGCAGUCUUUGUGCCUCCACUACCUUUAUCUGCAACCGUCGCCGAUGAUUGGUUCGAGUGAGAGUCCGAAGCGUCAAGCCAAUAAACUUCUUGUUCCCAUGAUCGCACCUUCUUCUUCUUCUGCUUCUUCUUCUUCUGAAUUUCUUCCUGAAGCUCGCCUGUUCGCUUCUAUCGGCAGUUCAAUAUGCCUUGGAAAUGGAAACCCAGAUUAACUAACCGAUUUACCUGAGACAUUGUUCUGUUCAGUGGGUGCACAUAAUUUUUCAUGCUAUUCAAACCAAGGUAGUGUUGCAUUCUAAAACUAACAACUCCAUACGGUGAAGUUUAUAAGCCCUGGAAGGAAAUCAUUAGCGGGGACUGGUAUAAAAUCCACAUGGCGAAGUUACCGACUCAUGAAACCAAAAGGAACAAUAGGCGGCUAAGUAAAAACCGUCAUGUAGGCCGAAAUAUUUUGCUAGUUUCAAAUUUUAUUAGGCAUGACAGUGGAAUUCAUUAACCGCUCACCUGGUGAAUGCUGCCGCAACGGAGAGCACCCUGACAAACGUAACUCUACAGGAACGAGCAUGCAGGACUGUGAAGUUAUCAAGAAGUUUUGUAAUCACUCAAGAAACGAACAUGUUUUCGCGCAGAAUCUCUCAACGAAAUGACGUACUUAGUCCCCGACAAAGGUCCUCCGGUAUAAAUCCGGAUUUUUCAUAAAGGACGCUGACUCAGUCAAUUUCACUGCUUCCUUUGAACUUGUGCCGCGCCAGUAUCACGAACGAGUCGGAAAAUCUCCUCUUACGUAAUGCAGUCGUCCCGGGUAAUGUCCUAUGAGAAACCUAAUGUGCUUACCUAGGGAAAAAAUCCUGCAUUGAGUUCAUCAAUCGCAGCGAAACAAUCCUAACGCUAUCGAAAAAACUGUCUCCUUUUGGUCCCCAACAGAGUGUAGUAUCUAACCAAAACUCAUUAUUGUCUGUCAUACGAAAGAUCUACCGAAACAAUGAUGGCUUGGCUCAGUAACCUUCCAUACAACCCAGGUGCCCCGACCCGGUCAAUCAUCUGAUCACGAGACGCCCACGUAGGGGUUUAAAACCUUUUUUAAAAACUAAACUUUUUCCCAGCAAACUCACAAAUGGUGGUUCACUCGAGCGAAUCGACUUAAGCAAUGAACAACUUAAUCAUCUGGGAAGUUCAUAUCAUUAAAUAUCAAGACUUUUCACAUUGCUCAUGGAAAAAACGGAUCAUUGACCCGCCACGUUAGCAUUAUGGUGAUGACGACGGUCAAACAAUAGUCCAAGGACCCUUCACUCGCCUGGAUUACUGCCUCACAAUCAUUAACGUCGUCGGUGGGGUCUUUGGUGAGCAGACAAUGAGCAUACCGAUGACUUUUCCGAUCUCUGGGUUGAUUUUUGAGUCUGUCUUCAAAUAACUGAAACAAACGGGGUUCGAGACGCAUAAAGCCAAGUUCUGGACCCGCCACCUUGAGGACAAUUUCGUCGGGCAUUGUUAUUAACCUAAUUUGGUAAUUGCAGGAACACCUGAACUGGACAUCUAGCAGAGUGAAUAGACUUCCCAUCUUGAACGCCACCGUCUACUGUCAACGUGGUGACCACCUUUUCUCAGUCUAAUGGAAGAAAGAAACCCAGCCUCUGAAAAAGCAACUCUGUCCGAAGUUUUGGAUGUACAAUCAAAACAGCAGUGGACACAGUGACUAGGUGAUGCAGUGACUAAGUACGUACCUACGAAUAAAUUCUGCAGUUUCCGCAUUGAUCGCAGAUGGUCGUACCCUUUGGGAAAACUGCCUGAUUGUCCAUAUGCGGAUAGAAGAUGGUCGUAAUCACGCCCCACGUGUUGGUGAUUGACGAGCAAAUGACCCGGGAAUGGGGAAUGUUAACACCAAUGCUAGAAACAACUUUCACACGCGCGCCCCCCACGUGACUAAUAACGCUACUCAGGCAGGAUCUUGACGCGGGAUAGGAAAAAGUGGUAGUAGUAGUAUUAGUAGUAGGAGGAGGAGGAGGAGGAAGCGGAGGAGGCCAUUGCGCUUGUUGAUAGACUGCGGAUCGGACAUCCCUGACUCAAACAACUCGCAGUUCAUGUCGCUGUUAAAACUCAUGAUAAUCACCCUUUCGUUAAACUUGAACGUGUUGGCGAGCCCUGUCAAACCAUUCGCGGCCUGACAUUUGGUGUCUCUGCCCGUCACCGCGCACGUAUGUUCUACCUUUCGCAUCCAUAGUAAUCUUCCAGUUCUUUUAAGGAUUUGCUUUACUAGCAAAUGCGCCAGAUCCGGUAAACGCCUCCGGACGUUUUCGACAUGGCAGUGGGUAAGUAACCCGCCAACGGAGGUCACAUCACCUUUUGAUGUCAUGUCCCUUUUUGCUUCCAUUCCCGGGAUCUGACAGUCGAAAGCGCCGAAUUACCUUUUCUCUCAUGGUGACUAUGGGGCGAAAUCAGCCUGCCAGUUCAUAAAUUCAGUUCGUUUAUUGCGCAGCGCCGACUCAGAUGGUAAUGAGGUGUGUACAACGAAUUCCUUUGCGGAUAAAUGUUCAGAUCGAGCCUUCUUCGCGUUAUUUUACGUAAAUGGACCCUCGGAUUUUGCCGACAACGAUACUGCUUGAUGUUCUCAGUUCUUAAAAAAGAGUUUCUUGUAACGAAGCUCAUGUGUUAAAUAUAUCACCCAUAAAGAGUAAUUGAUCUUCCCUCAUGAACUUAUCAGCUUAGAGUUUUAUUUUUCGGUCGCAUGCGCCAAGUCUAACAGGCAUAUGUAAUACUGACGUUUACCUCUCGACAGCAAUGAAACGUGGCCUGUGUGGCAAAAUCAAAUUUCAUCAAAAAGGCUGCCAUCGUCACAGUAACCUUUGCCCAACCGAACCCUCUAGUUUCGCAUCAUGUUAUACGCUCGGUUUUUAAUCCUCAUAACGUUUCUCCAUAUGAUUAUUUUUGACCACCAUUUAUCCUAUGAUAGAUUCGAUAAAAAUGAAGUAAAAACCACGCCUAACACUUUGGUUUGCUCCUAUCAUGCGGCUUCGCUCAAUAUGAUCAUUACGUCUUCCUGAAAGUCCAUUUUAUUAGCCUUUGAGGUUCAGUCGCCGAUCUAGUUAUAGCAUGUAGCAUGUUCGUUCUUGUUUACCCCUGUGUGCCGGUCUAGAACCUCGCAGACAGCUGCAAUGGACGGGUACAGCUGCGGAAGGAAUAUCGACAAAGAAAAGGGAGGACAAAAUGGCCAUUUAUGACUUAUAAGCCCUCUCUAGGCGGACAUAGCCGGGUUACGCAAACCACAAUUUGAUGUACGGCCGGCUGACGACGGCUAACAAGCCGUACGUGGUCACCCAAGUUUCCUUUGUCCUUUUCAGCAUUCCUUCAGCGGCGAUUUUUAUAGUUUUCACCUGUACCGUAGAAUUAUUUGUCCUAAAACGGAUCGGUACGUGGUUCCUUGUGCUGCAGGAGUAUUAACAGGCUUAACAGUAUUAAUUUAAUGUUGUUUUUUUAUCUCAUUUAAGGCCUCUUAUGGGGAAACGGAUAGCGUUAUUUCCUCAAGCACCUUCAUCUCCGACAGCUUCUACAGCAACAACGGGUUGAUUGACCCGGCAGCCUAUGACUUCCCCAACCGGGUUGUGACGAAGAUUAGGCGCUAUGAGAAACUCUCCGACUUGGAGCUAUCGUCUUUCACAGACACCUCAUGCCUGUCCACGCCUCCGCAACUGCGUCUAAAGAUGCAGCCACAACUCCAAACCGAUGAGGUCUGCCUCAGCUCUAAGGUAAUUCGGAUUUUUUUGCGUAGUUGAUGCAUGUUCUGAGAAUCAGUUUGCAAGUUCUGGAGCAUUGACUUUAAGAUGCAAAGCUUAGUUAAUUUGCGAGCGAGCGAGCGUACAUGGUGUUGGUGACCAGUUCGACAAUAGAGCCUGAAAAUGAUAAGAUCUGGUAUUAACAAAUAUCGGUUUUAUUCUGGAAAUUAAAUUAAUUCUUCCUUUGUCGUUUAGCGAAGUCGGGUGCCGGCAACUUUUAUGCGAUGUUAAAGCAUAUUGUCAGUGAAGUCUUGUUGCGUUUAGAUAUCCUUUCUUGGUCCAACCAACAAGGCACAUGCAGCUACAUAUUUCUGUUCACCAAGUUUAUACUAUUUGAUGCAGCACCUCUGAGUUUUUCUCCCGCGUACUUGCCGCUACAACCUCAGAUCGCUCCUUUUUUACAGACCAGAGGUUGGAAGAGUGCCGAUAAGGACGGCAACAAGACGUUUGGUCCAUUCGAGCGCUCUCCUGGCUAAAUGAUUGAUGUCCAUUCUCAUACUACUAUUUCGUGCGCAAAGAUCGAUAUUUACCGCGCUUAGCUCAUCAAACGCCAACUUUGUUACUGCAUCACAUAAACUGUUUCGAUGUGCUGGAAUUCCUUACUAAGUUUGAAAAUAACAGCUUGUAUGACCUAAGUGUAUGCACAAUAAAAGCUUUAAAUGAUAUAUUAGAGCAAAAUAAGGUUCGGUUAUUAACUGUAGACUUCGAAAACGACCGAAGAGAGGCGACUAUUCAUUUUCUCCCACGAAAUACAAACUUAGCUAUGCUAUCGCGAAAUAAUUAAGGAUUUUUGAAGCCGAUGAAGUGUUUGAAGGUGCUUAAUACGAUGUCCGAACAAGCGGCAAUACUUUUGCGUGACGUCUGUUUUCUCAAGUGAGUCAAGACGGAGUUUCUGUGGUACCGUUUGUCUAAUUUUUAAAGUCCUUUUUGUGCAAGCAUUGUUAAAAAUUAGAAAAGAGCCUUUCGGAUUGUUGAGUUUCGGAGGCUUGUUAUAUAAAAUAUGAUAGGUUUCGUCUGGUAGUGGUGUUUUCAUCUAACUCAAAUAACUAAUGAUGAUGAUGAUGAUGAUGAUGAUGAUGAUGAUGAUGAUGAUGAUGAUGAUGAUGAUGAUGAUGAUGAUGAUGAUGAUGAUGAUGAUGAUGAUGAUGAUGAUGAUGAUGAUGAUGAUGAUGAUGAUGAUGAUGAUGAUGAUGAUGAUGAUGAUGAUAAUGAUGAUGAUGAUGAUGAUGAUGGUGAUGAUAGCUGAAGGCAAAUAAAUAGUCCCAACGACCUUAAGGAGCGUCUUGUCGCUCUGCGACUAAGAAACCACUGUGCAUAUAAUUGGCGGUUUUCAUGGUCCUUAAUCACAUGCCCCAAUGUGACCAGGCCAUAGGUCAUUUUAAUUGCGCAAAAGAACUGCGAAGCACGCCUCGAAUCGACACGAUCAUUGAUUUUUGCUUAACUUAUACGGAGCCGAGUUUCUCCUAUUAAAUCCUUAUGACGAAAGAUGCUCGAAGGAUAAAUGCUUCGGUCAUUUUUCUGUCGUAGAUGCUUUCUCAUGCGCUUGCCUUAAGAACUGUCCAUGGCUCGUCAUUAUCAAAGGUCGAAGUGUGUCUGUAGACGGACAGUGCGCGCGUUAACCAAUCCCACGUCGAUUGUCUUUCCGCUAUCUGGUGCCGCUUCCGAUACGCCUCAGUCAUGAGCGAAAUGGCAUUAAGCCUGUCAAGAUGUUCCUUUUAACCUUUUCUACCAUUCUUAAAACAGAAGGAAUAAGCAGCGAAAAAGUACUAACCUAGACAAAUGGAUUCAGUUUGGCGCUUAAGCGGAGAAUGGCGCAGAUUUAGCUGAAUAAGUGCAUUUCUUUGAGAACUUCAAAAGUGAAAACAAUAACGUUCAAGUCUUUUAUGCGUAAACCUUAAAUCGCCUUCCUGUUAACACCCAGACGUUUCUCAGCAAUCCUUUCCAUAUUUUUACAUGAAAACAUAAGCGUAUGCUUAACCAGGUUAUGCUAUCUGCAAAACAAAUAUGGUGGCCACUGAGGGUGUAAAAUAAAGGUGGUGUCGUGCUGUCUUUGUUUUUUUAAACCGUGGGUCCGGGCAAUUCUGAUCUUUUGGAAAUUUGAUUUUUUCUCCUUAUCCGUGGCUCUUUGACGUCUGAGAACAAAACUCUUAAGGGGCCGAGGAGUGUCCUUUAUGAAAGACGCUGCAGAGCGCUGGAAGAUUUUUAAUGUUUUUUUCCAAUUGUUCCGCUUUCCUAGCUGAAACUGCCACAGAAACGAGAAGUGAACUGGGGUGACCGGAGCUCCAUUCGACUCUCCGUUGACUACACAAAGCAACCCUCCAAAACUUCCGUAUCAGCGAACUCUGACAAAGUAUGCCCAACUUGCCAAAGGAAUCUAAUAGUUAAUAUUUUAUUAGUAGAAGUAUAACGUAAAUCUAACGCCUUCUUGCAUGGUCAUCUGUUUCGUUGAUUUUCAUUUUCGAUUUAGGGAAUUUAAUGAGCGAAUACUUUAUUCGUGACUGGCCAAAGAGAACCCGAGAAUUUUGAUCUCGCAAAUUCUAAAAUAUCUAAAAUAAUUAUGAAAGAUGGCAGUUGGUCUUUGUUAAUUAACUCUCUCAUGAUUCCAAAUCUCAUUCAAAUCGGCUUUUGAAAGCAUAACAGACUAUGCCGUUCCAAUUGGUUCAAAUAAUUAAUUUUCUCACUAGCCCCAUUGAUGCAGUGGCCUUGCUAUUCUAUAAUGCCAUUUUCCGAGUAAACAAAGCAUUUGAGAUUUAAGACCACUUAUAAUUAUUAGUUCAAAGCACGACCAAAUAUUUCAGCAAGUUUCAACCUAUACACGAAUUUUGCCUUCUAGAUUCAUCAUGGCCUCUUGCUUAGGCUUUUAAUUCGGUUUAUAAGGCCUUCUCCAAAUACAACAGUACCCAUGGAAAGCGCUGUGAGUAAACAGAACGACGGAGUUCUAUCGCAAUGUUAUCUGGAAGUCAAAAGCUUCUAUAAAUAACUUGGUAAGAGUUUUGUGUCUCAGGAAAGAAAACUAAAAACAGUCAUCUUGUAAAGCAGACUAGUCGCUAAGUUUACGUAAGUUAUUGCAGUUAGAGACUAAUACGUAGUCGUAGUUGGUCCUGGGUAAAUAUUGAUUACGUUUGUUAAAAGGUUUUACGUGCGUCUCCCGUUCAACCGCAAAUUGCUGUGAUUCUAGCAGUAUGCUCAAAAAUACGCCUCACUAUACAUCUUUCACGGUUAGAGAUAUCUAUCGAACGCAUAUCACAGGUAAGUGGCUCUCUUUCGAAACAACCGGCAUGUCCCCCGUUACCCCAGUAAACAAACACAGAGUAGAUGUGGACUAAAUUGGCCGUCUGCAAAGAUAUCCAUUAAAAUAUUGAAGAAGUUAAAUUCGGUGAGCGUGCGUUCUUGAUUAUUCAUUUUCAGGCCAGCACAGUUAUGUAAAGUGCAGUAGGGCAGUCAAAGUAGAAGACUAGUCAGUGAAUAGUUGUCAGUGGGGGAGAGUGGGUUGAGGGCGUACAGACAUGUCAGACAUCAGGGGGUAAUUAUGGUCGAGUUCUGUCAGGGGCAUGUAAAGGGGAAUUCUGACAGUGAGUUGUGCUUCUGUUUCGCUGCUGCAGGACGAUGUGACAGGAUGCGAGCGUAAACAGCUGGGCUCCGAUGAAAGGGGUGCCUAGCACCAUUCUGCGAAGUCAAAUCGAGGCAUGGAAAAGUCAACUUCGUUGCGCAAUCACGACUCACUUGGCUGACAGCAGCCACCGAGCAGACGUGAACCAAGUAUAUCGUGUCAUCUUUAAAGUCCCCGCGAGGUACUCCAAGUUCCUGCGCCAGAGGAUUCCUGCGACGGCAGAGACCGUGGCUACACGGUUAACGAACCCAAUCUUGUGCUCCGAGAAGGUAUUUAUACAGGCCCUUGAGUUUCCCUGACCAGAGCCGAGUCUUACAUGGCUGUUUCGGCAUCCUACCACAUCGCUCUGCAGCGGCGAAACGCAAACACAACUCACUGUCAGAAUUCCCCUUUACAUGCCCCUGACAGAACUUGAUUAUAAUUACCCCUGAUGUCUGACAUGUCUGUAUGCCCUCAACCCUCUCUUCCCCACUGAUAACUAUUCAUUGACUACUUUUCUACUUUGACUGCCCUACUGUACCUUAUAUUACUGUGUUGGCCUGAGGAUGAAUAAUCGAAAACGCACGCUCACCAAAUUUGACUCAAAUUGAUAGUUCUUCAAAAAGGACAAAUCUAGAAGUUGAGUCGCCAGCACUCAUGAUUAUUGACUUUUGCCUGAUUAAAUUCCACUACGCCUUCCUUAUGCUACAAGCAGGUGAUGCCAAUUCUUGACAUUGAUCUACUUCUGUUUUCUUGUGAGUUAGCUUUCUAACAUAAGAUCAACAUGUGAAUGGCGUCCGGUUGAACUGUUCGCAAGGUGGCCUAGAAUGACUCAUCGAAGUUUUUCAUUAGGUUUCGGUUCGUUUUGACUUAUUUCUGUUAAUACUAUGGGCAACGCGGAAUAAAUCUCUUUAUAAUUCUGACCUGUUUGACAUUUUCCUUUUGGUUACUCAGGAUGAACCCAAUUAUUUCAAAAUCUGCUUUGCGACCGAGUUCUCAGACGACGAAGACGUCGAAGGACAUGAUAUCGAACCAAUAGAAGUUGAGGAAGACGUGAAUUCUGAUCUUCCGGAGUCUUUGCCGAAACAAGAACAAGCAUUUGUACCAAGAUUUUCACGACCAGCCGACAGAUUCUACCAAGCUAACGUUGUGAGUGUUUCUUUGAAUUCCCUUUACGUCUGCAGAUGAUUAAAAACGAUAUAUGCAAACCGAUAACUCCAACGUAAGGGCACUUUCAGUAGGCGAGGCUCCUCCUGACAGUAAGGUACCUUAUUAUUAUUAUUUUAUUCAGAGGCUUACCUUACGAUGUUCGAAAGCAACGUAUUCAUGGAAAUAUAACAUGCUAUAAUUAGUAUUUCCUGGCUUACUUACACCCGGCCAAAUCUGACGGAAUAACCGGUCACCAAAUUUAUUCCAAUAGCGGGAGCUUACCUUCCCUUUUCCGUUCGCCUUAGCCUACUUAAUUGCUAGUGUCUGUGGUGCAGUUCGAAACGACCAUACUUUCCCCCACUCCACGCACUGUAGUCAGUUCCAGCCGUUCAGCGAAGGAGACUUCCUAACCAGCUAUCAGCAAAUCAACCAACUGUGUUGUCAUGAAAAUCGACAUCCUUAUUCCAUAGCCUCAUUCGAUUGCCCUGUAAAUAGGCUGGUCUUUGGUUUGGAUACCCAGUAGAUUGACAAGCAGGGCGAUUUACCUAAUAAGUUAAAACCAGCAUAUGUCUCUUGUGGGACCUGCAAAAGUUGAACAGAAGAAGAAAAGGCGUUCACCGGGAUUCAGAGUUUCGACAGGCAAUUUGGGUCUUUCAUUUUCGGAGACUGGAGCGAUGUACACAUAGUCCUCAGCAUAUGGCUUGUAAUUGGCAUCCGCACUGUGUAUGAGGCGUGGACCGCCAAUGUGGACUGUAGAUGCAAAGCAGACAGUAUUUUCAAGAUGGCACCUGCAAACUGCAUUUUCACUGUUAAAAGUUAGACAUUGUUCCCCAGAUAAUUACAGUUCUGCAUGAACGCUUCGAGUCUUUGACCAAGCGAAUAAAGCUUGAACUAUGAAAAUCCGAGUUAAACGAGGACCGGAUUGGUUGCUUUCCAUUCGGGCUUUAUGGCAUACAGCGAAAAACGUCCAAGCACAAAAUUUCCGCUUAGUCAGAUUUUUUAAUGGAAGUAGAUCUGGCAAACGAAAUUCCCAGCUUAUUCAUUAGAAGAGCACUGUCUUCAAUUAAGUAAUUAACUAAAACGAAGCAGCAGGAUAUCCAUGGGUGCCCCAGCUAAACAAGUUACAUGUGAAACUUAAGUUCGUUCAAGUUUUGACCAACAUAUCCCGCUUCGCCUGAAAAAAUGAACCGUUUCUUAGCCAAACGAAGCCAAACUACCUCUUCAAAUUCAAAAACUUCGUAAUUCAGGAUGUAAAACUCUACUUCCUUAGCAGAUUACGUUUCGAUAUUUUCAACAACUAUAGGACAAAGCUCCGUCGGUAGGAGAAUGGCCCGCAGCGAAAUCACCCCCAGAUUCUCGGGUCCUCCGUCCUCCAAUGCAGCUUGUGGAAGAUUCUUGUAUUCCCUGCUGGUCUAAAAUCACCAGCCGUUUUGACGCCACAUCUGCAGCCUAAGCAUCAGGGACAAAGGACUUGUCCUGAUAGGACUCACUUAGCAUUUCGACUGUUUAGUGUCUUUGUGCUCCCUUCAUUCCCUUCCUUCCCUACACUUACGCACUACGCCACAUCGGGCAUCCGACUGGACAUCACAGCAUGCACACAAUGUUCCCAGGCUUUUAAGCAAAUCACAACGUAGUGCCAGAGACCAGUACAUUAGUCGGAAACUGCAAAUAAAGGUCCGCAACUGACGCAACAAUUGUCAAAAAUGCGACAUCCUCGCGUCUGUCAGAAACUGUGAACUUUAAAGUCAAGAACGACUUCGGCCUUCAUGGACGCUAUUCUGAAACUGUGUCUGCUUAGUACAUGAGGUUUAAUAUAGUAAACCCACCAUCUAGUUCAAUGAAUUCGGCAGCGUAAGUGACCGAAAUGCAAACUUUUAGGAUGCUCUGACAAAAAACAAUCCAGCUAUAAGUGGAAGUCCAGACCCUAGGAAGGCCCAAAAUCUAGAACUGGCUCCUUUACAAAAUAGUACAAUUGGGUGGAUAAGAUGAGUUGGGCGAAAAUUAUGCGCACGUGCGAUGGAAAUACUGCAGCGUCUCAGCUGUAAAGCACUGAUUCUCCUGUCAGCUGCUGGUCAGAGUCAAAACUUCAUGUUAGGCGAGGGUAGGGUGAGCAACCCCUGAAUGGUUAUUUAAAAUUCUGCCUCCUCACUUUAUUUGAGUAGGUGUGGUUCAUAACGAUUUGCCUGGCACUAGCCCGCAAAAAGUGUUAUGCGAUACGCGGAUUUUUACCUUCACAAUCGUUAUCGAAGUAAAAUUUGCCCGUAUCGGAUUAGUGUUCUUAGUGCUAGGGUUUUCAGGAUUGGGUUAUGGUUUAGAUCUGAGACUGUAGCUAAGGUUGGGGAUUUUGGUUUAGGGUUGUGGGUUUCAGGACGAGGUCGGGAUUGGAGCUAGGGUUUUAAGCUCUAAGUUAAAAUUGCGGUUACUUUCGUAUUUUCCUUAAGGACGUACCAGUAAGGGUUAGGGUCACCCAUUAAAGACAUGGCGGCGAUUGGCGUUAGGCUUGUUGUUAACUACAGUUUUCCCAGGAGGUUAGGUACCACACCUCUGCUCCAAGUCAUCCCCUGUAUGCAUUUAAAGAACGUCGGACUUCUAGUAUGUUUAAUUCAAACAUGAUGACUGCAGUUUCCAUCCGCUCUCAUUUCCGUUUUUUUAUGUUUAUGGGCCGGUCCUAUUUCAGUUGUCUGAGAAGUGAACUGGUCGACCUUUAAACCAGUAGUUUUGGGUGUUUCUCAGCUCAGGAACCUGAGAUUAAAGCAUGCUUAUGGUGGUUCAAUUCGUUUUUGGUACCACUUUUUUCUGGUUCUUACAUCUUUCAUCAAAUAUUUUGUGUUUAUCUAAAUUUACACCUUAUUCAGAGCAUGAAAUAUACACUUCGAAGGUCACUAUUCUUAGGUAUCCUUCGUCAACAACAAAACCACCGACAGCCGAAACUUAUAGGUCAAUAGAAAGAGGCCUUUAGCGAUACAUUUUAAUGCUUUGCCUAGUUAGACACAGUGGUAUCAGUGAGUGCCCAUUCAUAAGCCAUUCUUUUGCAGAUAGGCCUUCAUAAAACACCUUAAAAAAUUCUGGGUACACAGUCCUUAAACUGUAAACUUUUGUCCUCUGUCGAAAGUUUUUUCAGAAAUGCUUUUGGAACUUCUGACACCAGACACCUUACGCUUAGGCAGCCCAAUGCCCAGAUGACCGUAUUGUUCAACGCCGCGACUAUCGUUCAUGUAUUUCUACUCAACUACAAUAGUAUUCACAGUGAUUUGUUUAAUUAGUCCCGUCCCUCAUCUUGUAUUUUAACCGAACUAGUCGACAACUCGCGACUUUUUUAUUGCUUUGUGUAACCUCAACACUCCUUAAGUUGUCUUUUCAUGCAAUCUUACAGUCUGUGCAAAACGUUAACCUCCUGACUGCCGGGACAAAAAAAUUGGUAGGUUUUGACCUUUCAUAAUCGAAAACAGUCUUUCAAAAAUAUAAAGGACAUACGCUUUUGAUCGCUAGUUUACUGAGGUUUUAGGCUCCGAACGCAUAAAAACUAUAAGGAUGAGAAAUUCCUAAAAACCCUGGCUAUUCAACUGAGCAAUUUACAAGACGAAUGUAAAGGAAGAACCUGCGCGGUGAUCCAUUUAAGGUUUCCUUAUUUCAAAAGGAUAGAACUCCAUAAGUAGACGAAAAAUUCCGGUUCUCAACAUUUCACUUCAUCCUGCCCCAAAUUUAUCUCUCAUCCAUGCAAAACUUUUCUUCAGGUCUGCAUGACGUCCCCGUUUACAAUUGUAUUCCCCUUUACAGACGUUUCUGAGAGACAGCGCAUGCACUUUUUGCGUAACGUUUAAAAAGACCUCUUGUGAAAUACAUAUCUUUGGGCAUUAAAAUAUACCAACGGUUCUUGGUCUGCAUCUCGUAAAAUGCGCUUUCCUCAAUCCAGUAAAAGCAAUGGAUUCGUUUGACUGUCGUUCGUUACCUGUCAAAAAUAAAGUCUCUGCGCUAUGCCUCCUAUUUCCUUUCUAAAUUGCUUAGUGUUUAAGUGAAGUGGAAUUCUUGUUUUAAAUUCAAAGUUAGGAUUAAUUUCUAAUGACGAAUAUAUUUCGCCGAAAAUAGUAACAUCUUUUAAACACAAAGUAUAACCAUAAUGACAAAAUGCCUCACGUACGUUGAUUGCAUAGGGACUGCAUAGGGGCUUUGUUAAAAUAACCUCCGAGCUAUAUUUCUUUUUUAAAUCUUUAGUUAUGUGAUUUCUAGUGCAUUCGUGUCUCCACCAGGUGACAUUUAAAUUUGAAGGCUGAGAGUCAGUCUUCAGUCUAGCAGUAGCCCCGAAGCUUUGCUCGUGACAAUUUAGUCCAGGAUGCUAAAGAGGAUACACCUUGUGUUGACUUCUUUUAGUUGCCCUAUGGCCUUUUCACGUCACAUCUUUCAAAUUAGUUGUCGCUGGCACUCAACAUGUUUGUAAAAAUUUGCUCACUUAAGAGAAUUCCAAAUAAUUGAUGUAUGUUUAUAUUUUGCAACCGACGGUUUGGUUCCCUUAUUUGUUUUUUCCUUCAUUUUCUUCCAAAAUAUCUACGCUCUUCUUACAUCAGAUGAUUUUUAUUAACGAAUUGUAGAAGUGGCAUUGCAUUUAGCUAAUAGACCUGAUAACUACCCUUUUGUAUCUUACUUUAUAGCUCGGGGCCAUACCCACAAUCCGCGGUUUUUUCUUUCGGGAGGCUCUGGAAAGGCUUUUGAUCUCCCAAUUGCAGCUUAUUUUAAAUGACUUACUGUGCCAAAUAUCGGGUGAGUUUUACGGGAAGUUUACAGUCAUCAUUAUUUGGUUACUGAUCGAAAACUGCAAAGAUGUCUAAGGCAAAAGCAUUAGUACUUUAUUAAUAUAAGAUACAGACGUGCGAAUUGGAGGUUCUUCAGGCUUUUAAUAUGUUUAGUUCAUGCAUAAACGUAAAAGUUGCAUUUUGACACUUCCUUGUGUUUCCUUGCCUGAAACCACCGAUGAUGUCGCCCUAACCUUCCUUCAAAACCAUGACUUCAAGACCUAUGUGCUGCAAGAUUUAAGAGGGCAGUUUUGCAGGGUACUUUUAGAUAACUGUAGGUUUUAUAUACAAGCAAGGAACAUAUUAACUGACCUAUAUGUUAGUCGUAUUUUGGGCUUUUUGAAAUGAGUUAGUGCUGAAAUCUUCGAAAUUUUCGGCUUAUUCACUCUUCGGGUCUUCUUGGAUGGUUAAUGAGGACUGAGGAAAAAAGUUAAUAACGAGAUUCCUGGGAAAUAUAUCUCCCUUUUAACGGCCACGUUUAUGCGAAAUAUCAUGAUAUCAUCGUUUAAUUAAGUUGGAUCACCGGUAUUUCUAUUAAGUAUUUCCAAAAACGUAUUUUAAGUAAGAUAUGAAUGAAGCUAUUUGGUUGACCUAGGGGCUGCGCAAUUUAAUAGCGCUCUAUCUAAAUUAAAGCACACAAACCGAGAUCCGCAAACGGCAUAUGACUUCUAUUUAUUAUUCAAAGUGUCUCCAUGUGCGCUUCCGCAGAAAUACUCCCCACUGUUCUACCGAAAAUCCUUCAGUCGAUUUUCAAAAGAUCCACACCAUUUCAUGAUUGGACAGUAGUACAGUUUUGCAGAGAUGGCUAAACCUAAAGCUUGGUGCACCGACAGAUGGGGAGGUACUUCCUAUUUUUAUACUUUUAUAACUUACCAAAAAAUGUUCCUUGGAAGCAACCGAAAACAUCUCUGCAGAUGAUUUGGACAUAAAAACAGUUGAACAUACAAACAGAUGAAAAAAAGACAAGGCUCUUCGGACAACUCGAGUCGUACUUGAGAAGUUUCCAGCUGGUGACACCAACCCGUCGUCAGACGACAUGAGCAGAGGAGAAAAUGAGACCGGCGCGACAGGACAGACAACGACAGACAGAAAGCUGGUGAGGGCACCGAGUUAUGAUUAGUUGUGGAGCGGGGAGAUGGAAGGGAGAACCGUUAGGGCUCCCGGUGCUACUGGAGUAGUGCACAGUACGUCAGUUAUUCAUGCAAAUGUAUGUUGCAUUCUGUAAACAGAACAGUGGAUGAAUCGACAUCGGUGUAAUCUAUACGAAGUUUCAGCCCAGGGCAGCCGUGAGGGCUUGAGAGAAGUAAAACGUCAUUCCCUAUAGUACAUAUAAAACAGUUUUUUUCUUCAUCGGGGGAAAGACAUUUCACCAAACAGCUUCUACGUUCAACUUUAAUGUUCAUCUCAUUUGUAGAUUUAAAUAAUGAACUGAUGCGGGAGCUCCCGCUUCGCGACGAACUGCAGAUAGACAACGAGGAGCGAAAAACAAAAUUUCAAGAACUUUUAUUGUAAGUUUUUCUUGAUUGCAUUGUUAUGCAAAACAUGAAGAACGGCUAGAACCAAAGCCCUUAAACUUCAUAAAACAACUAAAUAGGAAGAAGGCAUUUUCUUAAAUAGUUGAUCUAUCGCGCUCGAGUAUUCACUUGUGCGUUGAGCGACUGGUCUCAUGAAGUGUUAGUCAAAAUUCUGUAAUAGGUUUUCGAUUAGGAAGGAUAACUUAAGUAGGGUUGUAAGAUUGAAUGUCGUGCGGCACAAUCCUAUGAUACCUCGGACUCGCCAGAAUGCCGACUUUUGAAUGCAAUUCUUUGGACCUACUGUAAAAGGCGCACUUUGGAAAAAGGUGGCUAAUGAAUUAGGGUGCAAUUCUCGAAUUUAUUUUCGAUGACCUUAUCAAUUCAAAUAUAUUUUAUAGAAAACAUGCACCAAAUAUACUUUCUUUCAUUCAUUUGGCAGCAAAUCACGUCAUCUCUAUAUUUUAUACUCGAUGAAAGAGCACCUUUUAGUUUUAUAAAAGUUUUUAAUAAUGACAUUUUCUAAGGCUGUGCAAUGUCCAUUUAUACAGCAUCGUGCAUGCCCGUUAGUUAACGCUUCUUGCAAAAUAAGCAACACAGUCCGCAUCCUUUAUGAAAGUUUGUGGACUCUACAUGGUAUCUCCUUAAGGGCAAAGAGAAGUAUAUGGCUUUGCUUAUGCGGAAAGUAUGCGCCUUGCAGACCGCAAUCAAUAAAAUCUAGUGCAACAGCCGAUCUAGCUCAAAAUAAUAAGGGAAUUUAAAAACUUUUUAGAACCCAAAUAUACCCUUUCUUCGAGUACAAAAUGUAAGGACGAAUUGAUCUGCUACAAAAUGAGUGAAAGAAAGCACACUUUUGUGCAUGUUUUCUUUAAAAUAUAUUUGAAUUCAUAAGGCCACCGAAAAUUAAUGUGAAAAAUGUAUAACGUUUAAGUAUCCAUUUUUAUCAACUUUAGUCUUUGCAGGAGGUUGCAUAGAAGUGCAUUCAAAAUCCAGCAUUCUGGCGAGUCCAAAAAUAUUAUGGAAUUGUGCCGCGUGAUGUUUAAUAGUGCAACCAUACUUAAGUUAUACUUCCUAAUCAUAAUGCAUUUCAGAAUUUCGUCUUACAUUUCAUGCGAUCAGUCAUUCUCUGUGUCCAUGUUUCAUGUUAGAAGUCCGUUAAUCCCUAUGUACAUGCAUAUGUAUAAAUUGAAAAACAGGCAAUAACGUUCAAUAACUAAAGCAUCCAGGCUCAAAUCCCGCUGGGCUUGGCUGAUUGACGAUGGCUAAUAAACCAGAAAUGGUCACCCCAGUCCCCCUUGACGUUGUCGGCAUCUUUUUAAUUACUGCCUGCAUAGGCUCUAGACGGAACCCCGAGACGCCGCAGGGCAAGCAUGUCCCUAACCUAGUCGAUGUACGCCCAUCCUAAGGCGAUAUUAUAUAUAUUUGAUCUGCGGAGGUAGGCAUCCUGAGGGAGAUAAGCUAAGUUCAGAUAUGUUCUCAAUGUAUAUCUUUGUAUGUUGUGUGUGUGAUAAUAUAUCUAACAUAUCAUAAUACAGUAUACAAUAUUAUACUCAUGUUAAAUUUGCAUUGCCCUGCACAGUCGCCUUGAGAUAGUGGAUUAGAUUUUUGUUUUAUCUUGUGUGCGUCCUUUAUGAGCACACGCACCCCAACACAAGCCCGUUGCCUUCAUAGAUCCCUAAGGUCCCGCAAACUUCAUCAUGUACUCGACUACAAGGCGCUCCGUCCCACGACCCUUCUGCCUUCUCAUCAACCCAUCAAUGCUGAGUACCACUUCAUGAAAAGCUUGCCUGUUCAAUGCCCGAGGGAGAAACCACAAGAACUCUCCUCUCUUCAGACACCCACCAGCCCCAGAAUUGCAAAGUUAAAGUCCUAUUUUUUUGGAUUCUUCAACAGAAAACGCUCCAAGGAUUCAAGUCCAAUACAGCGGCGAUCCGUUUAA